AUGAAACGUGAUUGUCCAUAUCAUCUUGAUAGAUUUGCGGCGGAAAAUCUUUUGAGCAAGAUUCAUGAAUUUGAAUUUGUCUUUAUGUUGCACUUGAUGUUUAAGGUGUUGCUAUUGACGAAUGAGUUGAAUAAAGUUUUACAAAAGAAAGAUCAAGAUAUCGUUAAUGCUAUGGGAUUGCUUGACCUUUCAAAGAAACGAUUGCAAAUGAUGAGAGAGGAUGAAUGGGACUCUAUGAUGGAUGAGGUUAGCUUAUUUUGUGGUAAACAUGGAGUUUCAAUUCCCAAAAUGAAUGAAGACUACUCUAAUGGGAAGUCGAAGCGUAAGAGGUCCAAUAUUUCAUAUUUGCAUCACUUUCGUGUGGAAGUGUUUUAUGCCGUCAUUGAUUUGGCACUUCAAGAACUCAAUAAUCGUUUUGAUGUGGUGACUAGUGACUUGCUCCUCGGUAUGGCUAGUUUGAGUCCGGUUGAUUCAUUUGCUAAUUUUCACAAGGAUAGGAUAAUGAAACUAGCCGAGUACUACCCAAGUGAGUUUGGUGAUAAAGAGCUUCGGGAACUCAAUUUUCAACUUGAUGAUUUUAUUGUCUAUGCUCAAAAGUUUAAUAGCAAGUUUCUCAACUUGAAGGGAAUCAAGGAUCUUGCAAAAGUGAUGAUAGAGACGAAACUAGAUCAAACUUGGUCACUUGUGUAUCUACUUGUGAAGCUAACUUUGAUUAUUCUUGUUGCUACCGCAAGCGUGGAAAGAGCAUUCUCAUCAAUGAAGUACAUAAAGAAUGAUUUGCGUAAUAGGAUGGAUGAAGAUCUUUUGAAUGGUUGUUUAGUUUUCUGUAUAGAGCGUAGUAUAUUUUAA